AGCACUUAGCCACAUAGUUGUAGCACUGUCCAUAAACUCCUUCUUAUUACACAGUCGUGACUCUGACAUUCUCAUACUGUAUAGGCUAUACAGUGUGCGCAGUAUAGGGAACUUUCGAGUUUCAUAGCAUUUAUAUCAAGGAGUAUUGAAACUACAAGCUUUGCUUUUAUUUCCGUUAGCACUUAGUUCCUUGCUUUCCACGAAAAUACAAAUAGAAAAGAUUUACCAGACCUCGGAUUUUAACAAAAUUUUGUUACCCGCAAAGGAUCUCCGACCCCACGGGAUCAGGCCAUAAAAUGUUUGUUUUAUUGAUACAAAGGACGUACAAAAAAACACCAUAGCUUGCAGUGGUGAAGAACGUUAACCAUCCAGACCCGUAGUGCGCUAUGCGAAAUGGAACCGAUACCGGUGUUUGUGCGACACCCGGAGAGCGCGACGGUGCAGUGGUGCCUCGGCUUCCUGCAGCCAGCCCCGGCAUCUGCCUCCACUUGCGGAUCUGACGAUGAGGUGAGCGUGGACUUCCGUUGCGAGCACCUGGCCGCGCGCUGUUUCCCCUUGCACGCGGUCUUUCCGCAUAACAGCGCUGUCAAGGAUGGAUUUGGCUUCCCAUCAGUAAACCAGCGCGUGUUGGUGGCGCUGCGCGCUGACCGCCGGCUCGAUCCGCUGAUACUACAGCCGGCCACCGUCCUCUCCUACACCGCCUUCGGCGUGCAUCUUCUCUGCCUAGUGGAAACGCCGUCAGACGGCACCCGGCAUCUCGUGCAUCCCCUACAGCUGGUCCUGGCUUUCCGCGAUGUACCGCGACGUUCGCUGCGGGAUUUGGUUAAUUCUGGUAGGAGCAUCUGGCAGAUUGGGGUGGAUGGGACUGAUAAUGGUCUCAUUGCCGCCAAUGCCAGUCUCGCGAAUCGGGGCAAGCUCAUGUGCUGCAGCGGCGGCACUCCUAUCCAGUCCAACAAGGGCUGGCUGUGCACCGGCGCAAAGGGCCCGCAAAUCAAUGCCGAUAUGCCUUUAGAUUUAAAUGCGGAGGAAGAUGUUGGUUUUGUCGCCUUGCCGCUGGACAUCAUCGAGGCCAUUCUGGAGCACGUAGACAUGCUGACCAUGGCCAGACUACGAAGGGUCUGUCCAGCAUGGAACGCUCUGUUGACCACGCGGCCGGCACUGCGCCAGCACGUGACCUAUGAUUUCUCGCUGCGUCCAACCAGCGCCAGCUUGGCAGAUGAUAUGUUCCGCCUGGGUAACGCGCUCUUCCGCUGCUUGACCGACGACCUUCAGACACUAGCGCUGCGCCACUGGAUGCCGGGUAUGGCACCGGUGCCUGUUAGCAGCGCUAACGCGGAUCUUAUUAUUCUGAGCUACAUGCUGCCCAUGUUCGUUGCCAGGUCGGGGCUGUGCCUCGUCCUGCAGCAGUGUGUCGUCCAAGGCGAGAUUAACGCCAACUGGCGCUUCACGCGUGCCAGGCCCUUGUUGGAUCCGCGCGCUGACGACCCCGUCGGCAUCGCGUUAAUUAGUCCGCUGCACUGGCUGAGCCCGUUGCUGGUUAUGUGUCGCCGGUUGAUUGUCCGCGACUACGUCAUGCGGGAUGUUUUCGGCCGGUUCAUUGGAAGGAACCUGCUGGAGCCGCGCUUGCCCCACACGUACGCUUGGCUGGAGAGAGCGCGUGCAGUGGAUAUCACGGUUCCCGAGGUCCGCCUGGACGCUUCCCGUGACACUGACACUAACCUAGGCGCGGUCAUGCAGGCGGUGGAAGCUGCCGUGGCGCCAGCAGUGUCCGCCGACAUGGGAGAUAACGUAAAGGUCAUGCUGGAGUACUGGCGCUCGUUGCCGAUGGGGGAAGCCCACCGCUACUGGGCAGUGGUCAAAAUGAUACUAGCCCUAACUGAGCCAAGCAAUCCUGCAUGGCAUCUGCCUGUGGAGUUGGGCGACGACGACGCUGACGAGAAUGACGAAGCGCAUGUGGCCAUAAGUCGGCAUUGCCGGAGAUGCAUCUCGGUCCACUGACCAUCAUGGCUAUCCAUAGUCUCUACGGACCAGCCAGUGCCAAUACCGCCACUGGACCGGAGUUCAGUACGGCUCCACGUUGAAUCGAGAGCAAGGAUGGCGCAUUUGCCAUGUAUAAUAUUAUG